GCGGCGGGGCCGGCGCUGCCGCCCAUAAAGGCGCGGGCGCGGCGGCGGCGGGGAGCCGGGCUGGGAGCCCUGCGCCGAGCGGAGCGGAGCGGAGCGGUGCGGAGCGCAGCGCGCACGCGGGACCCGCGCAGAUAUCCUCUCCUCCACUCUGCAACCAUGGCCACCUCAGCAAGCUCCCACUUGAGCAAAGCUAUCAAGCACAUGUACAUGAAGCUGCCGCAAGGCGAGAAGGUGCAGGCCAUGUACAUCUGGAUAGAUGGGACUGGGGAGCACCUGCGCUGCAAAACCCGCACACUGGACCACGAGCCCAAGAGCCUCGAAGAUCUCCCCGAGUGGAAUUUCGAUGGCUCCAGCACUUUCCAGGCCGAAGGCUCCAACAGUGACAUGUACCUGCGGCCUGCUGCCAUGUUCCGGGACCCUUUUCGCAAGGACCCAAAUAAGCUAGUGCUCUGCGAGGUCUUCAAAUACAACCGCCAGUCAGCAGAGACAAAUCUCCGACACACCUGUAGGCGGAUUAUGGAUAUGGUGUCCAACCAGCACCCCUGGUUUGGGAUGGAGCAAGAGUACACUCUUCUGGGGACAGAUGGGCAUCCCUUUGGCUGGCCUUCCAAUGGCUUUCCUGGACCCCAAGGUCCGUACUACUGUGGUGUAGGGGCAGACAAAGCCUAUGGCAGAGACAUUGUGGAGGCCCACUACAGAGCAUGUCUUUACGCUGGAGUGAAGAUCGGCGGAACCAAUGCAGAAGUGAUGCCAGCCCAGUGGGAGUUCCAGGUGGGACCAUGUGAAGGGAUUGAGAUGGGGGAUCACCUCUGGAUUGCACGUUUUAUCCUCCAUCGGGUGUGUGAAGACUUUGGAGUCAUUGUGUCCUUCGAUCCCAAACCCAUCCCUGGGAACUGGAAUGGUGCUGGCUGUCACACCAACUUCAGCACCAAGAGCAUGAGGGAAGACGGAGGUCUCAAGCACAUCGAAGAAGCCAUUGAGAAGCUGGGCAAGCGCCACCAGUACCACAUCCGUGCCUACGACCCCAAAGGGGGGCUGGACAACGCCAGGCGCCUGACAGGCUUCCACGAGACCUCCAGCAUCCACGAGUUCUCUGCUGGCGUGGCCAACCGCGGCGCCAGCAUCCGCAUCCCCAGGAACGUGGGCCAUGAGAAGAAGGGCUACUUUGAGGACCGCAGGCCUUCUGCCAAUUGUGAUCCUUAUGCUGUGACGGAGGCCCUUGUCCGCACGUGUCUCCUCAAUGAAACUGGAGAUGAGCCUUUUGAGUACAAGAACUAAGCGGACUGUGCCUACAGACACCACCUUCCCCCCACACUUCCCACGCCCCUAAACUUCCCUUCUAGAUGUAAUUCUGAGGUCACAACAUGCCAUGUUUCGUGUCCCAAUAACUCUUGUUGUCUUGGGAUGGGGGAGGAAGGAGCGUUUAGUUUUAUCAAUGUCUGUUUGUCAUUGACUCUUCAAAAGACAAGAGGAGGAGAGGGCGUUAGAAAACUUUUAACCACUGUUGUUUGUCUAAUUCAUCUGUACAUCUGAUGGGGAUCCACUGGCUUCCAGGGACAGACCACAUACAAGCAAAAAGCCAGCAGACAAGUGAAAAGCUACAGUUAUCAUUGGCUUCCCUAAGAGCCAUAUUUGGAUGUUAGCCUCAUUGCUGGCUCUCGAAGGUUGGUGCCCUUCUGAGGAGAAGGGAAGAUGAGAGCUGUGAUGGAGCCCCACUCUCUCCCACCUGCAUGGCGUGAUGGAGGAGUUUUCCACCUCUGGCCACCUUAAGGUUUCCAGGAAUCUUCUAGCAUUGAGCUCAGCAUAGGAGCGUUUAGAAGAACUCCUUGUUCUGUCACUGGAAGUCAGCUGAUCUCCUGCUCAUAACACAGAGUGAAGUAGUAUUUUUCUAUUUAAAUAUAAAAACAAAAAAAUCAUAUGAAAGUGUUUUCUUUUUUUAAAAAGAUGAUGUUCCAAUGACUUGGCCAGCUAGAGCAGGCAGGGUUCCUGAGGUUGCUGUUGGAGGGCCUCCAGGUAGGAUUGAGGGCGAGCUUGGAGGGCUCAGUGGAGGAGAAUUGGGUGAGGAUUUUCGGCAUGGCAUGCAGUUUGCAGGAAGCCAGUUCCCAGACUUGGGAAGCCAGCACUAAUGUUUAUCAGUGAAACUCAAGCAGCCAUGAACUGCUUGUCGGUGUGUAGAUCAAAACAAGGAAGGUGUUCUGAACUAUGAGUUGGCUGGUCAACUUAACCAUGUUCUGGACAGAGUUGUGGUUGUUUUACCUUUCCAGUGGGGUUAGCAUGUCACUAAAGCAGGGCUUUUGAUAAAGAAACAAGUUUUAGAUUUUUUUUUUCCAUUACGUUUGUUAGUUUCUAAAACUGAAUGGUUUUACAGAGACCAUCGAUGUUACUGUUGUGUCCUGGCUCUCAGACUGCCUGCCAUCCAGCCAUGACAGCGCUCCUGAGAAUGGAGAAGCAAUCAGCCUUCCCAGCCAGCCCCUGGCACCUCCCAGCUAAUGCCAGGGGGUUCAAACGUUCCGGGGUUUUAUACUUGGGCAUCUUAGAUGGUGCCAGUUAUAUUCCGUUGCAUUUGGACUUCUUCAGAAUAGUUUUUUUAUAUAUAUAAUAAAAAAGAGAGAACAAAACCUUAA